AUGGACUCAUUUAUUUUUCGGCCGAAAUAUAUCAUUCCUACGCUAGAUGAAAUCCUAUCGGGGCACUCGUGCCUCCAAGACUGCGGUCCUUACAACCGGUGCAACUUUGUCCAGUUUCUCAACGCUACACAUUGUUCGGAGAAUUUUGAUUUCACCGUGCAAAUCGACAAGUUCCUCCUGCUGCUAAACGCAGUGCACCAAGAACAUCUUUUGGACGACAAUCUGAUACGGGCUAAUGAUCAUCUCCAGCGCCGCUGGAGCCAGUUUCACUCGGUCUUUAUUGCCCAGAAUUCCGAGAUGGAAGUCAACAUACCAUAUACGCUUCGCGUCGAUCUCCAUGCCUCUGUGCUACCUUCGCGUGGUCAACUUCUUCAAGUUCGCCGUGUCAUAUACGAGCUCUUAUUAGAUAGCUUCAACGAGUUUAUCAGUCAUACGCGAGAACUCAAUCAUGACAGCAGUGUUCGAAGAAGAAGACUGGAAGCGGUUCCUCCAGAAUCUCCAGCAUUUGUGCAUUUUGAACCUAUGGCCCAUAGUUCAAGAUUAUGUCGGUCCUCAGUUGCCGAUUGUGUUCAUCAUAAAGAACUUCGUCAACACUGGGAAAAAGCGUUGGAAGAGGUGGAGUCGAAGUCAAGAGGCUCUAACUCCAGCUCGGGCAACACAUCCGACUCAAGUGCAACUCCUGCUGGUAGCAGGAAUGGAUCUGCAUCUACUCUACCAUCCAAACCCUCUUCUCGCUCAUCUUCCCGGGGCUCGUCCAUCACAUUUAUUGUGGAUAACAUUAAGGACUAUUCUGGUUGGAACAAAACGAAAAAGAUCAUCCAGCGGAGGCGUUCAUCACAAGAAAGUGAAAACGAGGCACAGGCAAAAAUUGCCCUACAAUAG